AUGGCGCGUCAAAGUAUUAAUGUGGAUUGUGAGAAAAUGCAUAAUUUGUUAGACAAUAAAAAUAUUGACUUAGAUAAUUGUCGGAAAUUAAUUAAAUCGUACAUUGAUUUGCAUCUAUACAGUGCUGCUUUAUUUUGGGCAGAUAAAGUUGUUUCAUUAAGUAAUGAUGAUCCUAAAGAUGUAUGUACCCUAGCUCAUUGUAUGUAUCUAAUGAAACAAUAUCACAGAGCUGCCCACCUUAUUAGAAGUCGUGGAUUGGAGAAGACAAAUGUAAUGUGCCACUAUUUAACAGUAAGAAGUCUUUUAGAAGCAAAAGAAUAUAGUGAAGCACUUCAGGUCAUUAAUGAAUCAGAAAUAUGUACAAAUGUAACCCAAUCAGGUUUUGGAGAUCGUACAGAUAUAUUGGAAGAUGCUCCAAAAAAUGUACAAAGUUCAAUAUUGUAUGUGAAAGGACGGGUAUAUGAAGCUAUGGAUCACAGAGUAGUAGCAACUGAUUGUUAUAAACAAGCUUUGCAUUGUGAUGUGUAUUCAUAUCAGGCAUUUGAAGCAUUAGUUCAGAAUCAAAUGCUUUCAGCUGCUGAAGAAAGAGAACUUUUGGAGUCUCUUCCAUUUAGUGAACAAUGUACAGAAGGUGAAGCAGAACUUUUACGGUUAUUAUAUGAAAGUAAACUAAAGAAAUAUCAGGAACCAAAUAAAAAACAAGCACUUGCAACCUGUAGUGUGAUGGGAGUUCUUGUCACAGAUAGGCUACUAGGUAACUUGGAUAUGGAAGUUGCAGAAGCAGAGAGACUAUAUUACAAUUGUGAUUAUCACAAAUGCUUCUCACUCACAGAAAGAAUAUUAAAAAAAGAUCCAUAUCAUAAUUCGUGUUUACCAGUACAUAUUGCCUGUUUAGUGGAACUAAAAAAGACUAAUGCUUUAUUUUAUUUGGCACAUAAGCUAGUUGACUUAUAUCCUGACAUGGCCUUAGCUUGGUUUGCAGUUGGAUGUUAUUAUUAUAGUAUAGGAAAAAGCGAUCCAGCACGAAGAUAUUUAGCAAAAGCUACAGCAUUAGACAGAUUAUUUGGUCCUGCUUGGUUAGCUUAUGGUCAUUCCUUUGCAGUAGAAAAUGAACACGAUCAGGCAACAGCUGCUUAUUUUAAAGCUACUCAGUUAAUGAAAGGUUGUCACCUGCCACUUUUGUAUAUUGGACUUGAAUGUGGCUUAACAAAUAAUCAUAAAUUGGCUGACAAGUUUUUCCAACAGGCUCAAGCAAUAGCUCCAAACGACCCAUUUGUUAUACACGAAAUGGGAGUUGUAUCGUUUUAUAAUUUAGAUUACAAAACUGCUGAACGGCAGUUUAAAGAAGCUAUGAAAAGAAUUCAAGAUGGCCUAAAAGAUGUUACUCUAUCUAGUAAAUGGGAGGCACUUCUGAAUAACUUGGGUCAUACCUGUAGGAAAAUGAAAAAAUAUGAAGAGGCUUUAGAAUAUCAUCAACAGGCAUUGGUAUUAAAUCCGUUAAAUCCUUCAACGUAUUCGGCAGUGGGUUUCAUUCAUGCAUUGAUGGGAAAUACACAGGAAGCUGUUGAUGCUUUUCACAGAGCACUUGGUCUUAGAAGAGACGACACCUUUACGACAACUAUGUUGACUUAUGUUAUGGAACAACUUAUAGAAGAAUCACCCCCAUAUCCUGAUGCACCUAUCGAUAUUCCAAAAUAUAAGUUUCCUGAAGUUAGACAUCAAGAGACAGACAGCACAGAAACAUUAGAGAAUGCAAACAAUAUAGCUGGCUCGGGAAGCCAAGAUAUUGAUAAAUUAAGAGUAAAUUUAUUUUCUGGAUGGGGAGAAGAUUCUAGUAAAGUUGAAGACAAUAGUUCUGAUAAAGUGGAACGCAAUCCACGAGAUGUGGUAGUAAAUUAUUCUAGUGAUAUUAGUGCUGAAGUUGAAAUGUUGGAUUCGUCGACUACACAUAUAAAAUAA